AUGGCCGCCAAUGUGGGAUCGAUGUUUCAAUAUUGGAAGCGAUUUGAUCUACGGCGACUCCAGAAGGAGCUUAAUUCCGUCGCUUCUGAGCUGUCUGCACGGCAGGAAGAAAGUGAACACUCUCAUAAACACCUAAUUGAACUCCGCCGGGAAUUUAAGAAAAAUGUACCUGAGGAAAUCAGAGAGAUGGUGGCUCCUGUAUUAAAAAGCUUCCAAGCCGAGGUGGUGGCCCUCAGUAAGAGGAGUCAGGAGGCGGAGGCGGCUUUUCUGAGUGUGUACAAGCAGUUAAUUGAAGCACCAGACCCCGUGCCCGCAUUUGAGGUGGCACGCAGCCUAGACGACAGACUGCAGCCCCCCAGCUUCGAGCCCAGCGGGCAGCCCCGGCGAGACCUCCACACUUCCUGGAAGAGGCAUCCUGAACUCCUCAGCCCCAGAGAGCAGAAAGACGGGACGCUGACCGAAGGCAGCCGCCUCCCCGGGAAAGCCCUCCUGACAGACGCCUUGCUGCAGAGGAAUGAGGCCGAGAAACAGAAGGGCCUUCAAGAGGUACAAAUCACCUUGGCGGCCAGACUGGGGGAGGCCGAGGAGAAGAUCAAGGUGCUGCAUUCAGCUCUAAAGGCCACGCAGACAGAGCUGCUAGAACUGCGACGGAAGUAUGAUGAGGAGGCUGCGUCCAAGGCAGAUGAAGUCGGCCUGAUUAUGACGAACCUGGAGAAAGCGAACCAGCGAGCUGAGGCCGCCCAGCGCGAGGUAGAAAGUCUUCGAGAACAGCUUGCAUCUGUCAACAGCUCCAUUCGCCUGGCCUGCUGCUCUCCCCAGGGAUCCAGUGCGGAUAAGGUGAGCUUCGCGCUGUGCUCAGGGCCUCGGCUGGAGGCCGCGCUGGCCUCCAAGGACAGGGAGAUCCUGCGACUGCUGAAGGACGCCCAACACCUCCGCCACUCUCUGCAGGAGCUGGAGGAGGCCUCCGCCAACCAGAUCGCUGACCUGGAGCGGCAGCUCACUGCCAAGUCUGAGGCCAUAGAGAAGCUGGAAGAGAAGCUCCAGGCCCAGUCUGACUAUGAAGAGAUUAAAACAGAGCUGAGCAUUCUCAAAGCCAUGAAGCUGGCCUCCACCUCCUGCAGCCUCCCGCAGGGCCUGGCCAAGCCCGACGACUCUCUGCUCUUAGCCAAGGAGGCCUUCUUCCCUGCACAGAAGUUCCUUGUGGACAAGCCCUCGCUCCUAGCCAGCCCUGAGGAAGACCCCUCAGAGGACGACUCUAUCAAGGGCUCGCUGGGCACAGACCCAUCCUACCCGUCUCCUCAGCAGAUCCCACCUCCACCAGGCCCUGAAGACCCCCUGUCCCCCAGUCCCGGGCAGCCCCUGCUGGGUCCCAGCCUGGGACCUGAUGGCACACGGACUUUCUCACUGUCCCCCUUCCCCAGCCUGGCCUCAGGGGAGAGGCUGGCUGGGGACACACUGCUGCCCAAACACAUGAUGCCCCCAACUGCCUUCAAGGGGGAGGUAGGUGGCCUGCUGGUGUUCCCACCAGCCUUCUAUGGCGCCAAGCCCCCCACGGCCCCUGCCACCCCAGCGCCUGGGCCAGAGCCUCCUGGAGCCCCCGAGCCAGCCGAUGGGGCUGGGACCUGCACGACAGGGACUGGGGUGGAGGAGGAGCAGCUGGACACGGCCGAGAUAGCCUUCCAGGUGAAGGAGCAGCUGCUCAAACACAACAUCGGGCAGCGCGUGUUUGGCCACUACGUGCUGGGGCUGUCGCAGGGCUCGGUCAGCGAGAUCCUGGCUCGGCCCAAGCCCUGGCGCAAGCUCACAGUGAAGGGCAAGGAGCCCUUCAUCAAGAUGAAGCAGUUCCUGUCGGAUGAGCAGAACGUGCUCCUGAGGACCAUCCAGGUGCGGCAGCGAGGCAGCAUCACCCCAAGAAUCCGCACACCUGAGACAGGCUCGGACGAUGCCAUCAAGAGUAUUUUGGAGCAGGCCAAGAAGGAGAUCGAGUCUCAGAAGGGGGGUGAGCCGAGGCCGGCGGCGCCCAGCGUGGCGAGCGUCCCGGGCGGCUCGUCGGAGGACGCCAUCAAGAGCAUCCUGGAGCAGGCGCGCCGCGAGAUGCAGGCGCAGCAGCAGGCGCUGCGGGACCUGGAGGCGCCGCGGGCCCGCGCCGAGCCGUCGCCCCCCGCGCGCGCGGGCCCCGGGCCGGGGAAGCCGGAGGACGCGGCGGGCGGCGCGCUGUCCCCCGCCGCCUUCGUGCAGAGCAUCAUCCGCAAGGUCAAGUCCGAGAUCGGCGACGCCGGCUACUUCGAGCAGCACUGGGCCUCGGACCGCGGCCUGCUCGGCCGCCCCUUCGCCCCCGUGUCGCCGUCGCUGUCCUCGUCGUCCUCCUCCGGCUACUCGGGCCAGCCGGGCGCCCGCGCCUGGCCCCGCGCCGACGACGGCACCGCGGGCGCCGAGGACGAGGCGGAGGACGAGCCCAGGGCCGAGGGCGCCGAGCGGGAGCGGGAGCGGGAGCGGGAGCGGCCCGCCGCCUUCCCCGCCGCCUUCGUGCCGCGCGCGCUCAAGCCCACCGUGCCGCCGCUCACGCCCGAGCAGUACGAGCUGUACAUGUACCGCGACGUGGACACGCUGGAGCUCACGCGCCAGGUCAAGGAGAAGCUCGCCAAGAACGGCAUCUGCCAGAGGAUCUUCGGCGAGAAGGUGCUGGGCCUGUCGCAAGGCAGCGUGAGUGAUAUGCUGUCCAGGCCGAAGCCCUGGAGCAAGCUGACGCAGAAGGGGCGAGAGCCCUUCAUCCGCAUGCAGCUGUGGCUCUCCGACCAGCUGGGCCAGGCCGCAGGCCAGCCGCCCAGCACUGCCCAGGCCAGUCCCACAGAGCCAAGGUCCUCACCGUCACCUCCCCCGAGCCCCACGGAGCCUGAGAGAGGCUCACAGGAGCCUCUAAGCCUGUCACUGGAGAGCAGCAAGGAGAAUGAGCAGCCUGAGGCCCGUUCCAGCUCUGCACUAAGCGGGAAGAUGCACGCAGGCAGCCAGGCCUCGGGGGGCAUCCAGCAGAUUGUGGCCAUGUCCCCGGAGCUGGACACCUAUUCCAUCACCAAGAGAGUCAAGGAGGUGCUCACGGACAACAACCUAGGGCAGCGGCUGUUUGGGGAGAGUAUCCUGGGCCUGACGCAGGGCUCCGUGUCUGACCUGCUGUCCCGGCCCAAGCCCUGGCACAAGCUCAGCCUGAAGGGCCGGGAGCCGUUCGUCCGCAUGCAGCUGUGGCUGAGUGACCCGCACAGCGUGGAGAGGCUGCGGGACAUGAAGAAGCUGGAGAAGAAAGCCUACCUGAAGCGCCGCUAUGGACUCAUCAGCACCGGCUCAGACAGCGAGUCCUCAGCCACCCGCUCCGAGUGUCCCAGCCCGUGCCCACAACCGCCCGAGCUGGGCCUCCUGCAGGUGAAGAAGCCUCGCGUGGUGCUGGCACCCGAGGAGAAGGAGGCGUUACGGAAGGCCUACCAGCUGGAGCCAUACCCCUCGCAGCAGACCAUCGAGCUGCUGUCCUUCCAACUGAAUCUCAAAACCAACACAGUCAUCAACUGGUUCCACAAUUACAGGUCCAGGAUGCGCCGGGAGAUGUUGGUGGAGGGAACCCAGGACGAGCCAGACCUCGACCCCAAUGGGGGUCCUGGUAUUCUGCCACCAGACCACUCCCACCCAGACCCCACCCCCCAGAGCCCUGGCUCGGAGGCUGAGGACCAGAAGCCUGCUGUGAAGGGACUGGAGCUGCAGGAGGUCUCUGAGGACAGCACCACGCCCCCGACUGCCCCGGACAGGGCCCAUGUGAGGAUCAAGCAGGAACAGACUGAGGAGGACAGCGAGGAAGGGAUGGGCAGCCAGCCCCAUGACUUAGGGGAGUCAGACAAAGGCCACAGUCCCCCCAAAGAGGAGCAUCCGGACCCUCUAGGUAGCGACGGACUCCCAGAAGUGGCCCCAGAGCCCCUCCUUGCAGGUGGGAGCACCCCAGACUGCCCCUCGCUACACCCCUCCCAGGAGAGCGAGGCUGGGGAGCGGCUUCACUCGGACCCUCUGAGUUUUAAGUCAGCCUCAGAGUCCUCUCGCUGCAGCCUGGAGGUGCCUCUGAACUCACCCUCUGCUGCCUCCUCACCGGGCCUCAUGAUGUCUGUGUCACCUGUCCCCUCCUCCUCGGCCCCCAUCUCCCCAUCUCCGCCUGGUGCCCUCCCUGCCAAAGUGCCGAGUGCCAGCCCCACUGCUGACACAGCCGGGGCCUUGCACCCCAGCACCAAGGUGAACCCCAACUUGCAGCGGCGGCAUGAGAAGAUGGCCAACUUGAACAGCAUAAUCUACCGACUGGAGAGGGCUGCCAACCGGGAGGAGGCCCUGGAGUGGGAGUUCUAA